UCCUAAUUCCAAAUUUAGCAUUGUAAAUUGCAAGAGAGAGAAACUCUAGAGAGACAGUAAACUGCUAGUACUUUAAAUUUUCUUCUCUUCUUUUAGUAGCUUGUUUAUUCACCAGCUUCUUCAGCUCUCUUUUCUUGCCUGGUAGAUCUUGUUAUUGAUCAAAAAUUCAUUUUUUUUGAGCUAAAAGUUCAGAAUUCUGAAACCCCAUUUCAUAUUUCAGCUUCUUAUCUGGUUUAUAAUUGGUUCUGUUUUUUCUUGGUUGACUCUAUAUCAUUAGCUUGUUGGUUUAGUACAAUGGUAUAUAGAGUUGAAGCAUAUCUGUGAGGAAUACUAGUUAAAGUUUGGUUUUUUUCUUGAUCAUCAGAUUGGAUUCUUGUUUCUUGAAUUUUCAUUAAAUUCAAUGAAAGAAGAUCAAGAACUGAAGUAUGUAUGCAAAUUUUGCAACAAAAGUUUCCCUUGUGGUAGAUCCUUAGGGGGUCAUAUGAGGUCUCAUUUGAUCAAUUCUUCCUUUGAUCAGACUAAAAAGAAGCUUCCAUCUAUUGAAGCAAGUUCUCCUAUUGCUGAUUAUGGUCUAAGGGAAAAUCCAAAGAAAGCUUCAAAAUUUGCUGAGUCAAGUGAAGAUACUAAUUUGGUUCCAAAUCAGAUUAAGGUAUGUAAAGAAUGUGGCAAAAGUUUCCAAUCUUGGAAAGCAUUAUUUGGCCACAUGAAGUGUCACUCAGAGAAAAUAAUAUCAUAUAUGAAUAGUACAGUAGAAGAAGAUUCUUGGAACAAUGAUGCUAAUUAUGCAAUUCACAAACAGGUUAUGGAUAUUCAAUCUGAUACUGAAACAGCAACUCCCAAUAAGAAGAAGAGAUCAUCAAGAAAGAUUAAAAGGUACAUAACAACUACAACUUCCUCUACUGUAACUGAGAUUGAACAAGAACAAGAGGAGGUUGCUAUGAGUUUGAUUAUUCUUUCAAAGGAUUCAGGAAAUUGGGUUGGCCUAAAUCUUUUUACUGAUGAAAAUGGGAGUAAGAUCUCCAAAUGUAAAGAUGGUGAAUUGGUCAAGCUGAAGAAAGUCAAAAAUGGGAAGCCAGAACAAGGUGAGAGCUCAAAGUCAAAUGCUAGAGCUCUUAGGAUUCCAAGAAAUGGUUACAAAAUGGACAAAUCAGAGGAAUCAGAUGAUAAGCAAAAGAAGAUUAAAGAGGAUAAAGAAAAUAGAUUUGAGGAGUCUCAAAUUGAAGUUCACUACAAAUUAGACAAAGGGAGCUAUAGCAAGAAAAGAAACUUUGAAAUGAAUGAGUGUGAUAUUAGUGUAGAUAGCAACACAAAGAAACUAAGAGAUCAUGAUUCUGAUUCUGAGAAAAAGAUCAAAUUUGAGUGUACUACUUGUAACAAGAGCUUUUACUCUUACCAAGCUCUUGGUGGUCAUAGAGCAAGCCACAAAAGAACUAAAGGUUGUGAAAACAUUACUAUUGCGAUUGAGCAUACGCAAAAUCAAGCUGCUGAUAACAAGCUCACAAACACAAAGAAUAGCUCUAAUGACAGUACAAUUGAUGAAUUUGGUGAAAAGGUUGAGACAAGUUCUGUGUCCAAGAAACUAAAGGGGUAUGAGUGUCCAAUUUGCUUCAAGAUUUUCCAAUCAGGACAAGCUUUAGGAGGUCACAAAAGAUCCCAUUUGAUUGCUAAGGCCAAAAGCAACAACCAAGCUGUUAUAUUACAGAAACCAACACCAGAAAUCAGAGACUUUUUGGAUCUUAACUUGCCUGCUCCAGUUGAAGAAGAGAGCAGUGAACAUGUUGGGUUCCAAACAUGGUGGAUAGGAAGCAGCCACAAACAUGAGCAACUAGUGGGCCUAAUUUCUAACUGAAUCUGGUUCCACCAUUGGAAUCAGUCAUUCAUGCUUGCAUCAGAGUAGACUGCCUACAUCAGACCCCUUGGGGUGCGAUCCUGCGUGAAUGUGGGAUGCUUCGUGCACCGGGCUGCCCUUUUAUGCAUCAAAUAUUCAAAAUUCACUGAUCUAACUAAUCUGGAUUAAUGUCACGUAGGACCUAUUGAAGGAUGGACGUGAGACCUCUCGUUACUCCAUUCUUAGAGUACGAACGUGACCAUUCUUAGAGUACGAACGUGAAACCUCUUGUUAAGGAUUGGAGGGAUCUCAUGGUUCACACUGGGUUUCAAUCUUUCAUCCAAGGUUCACAAGUGUACAGAUUCAUUUAAUUCUUUACAUAAUUGAAGUGUUCAAUUCAGAGCAGUAACAUUUUGCAUUUGGCUCCUUGAGCCACUAGGCACUCUUUUACAUUUGCUUAGGGAAAUGAAUCUUAUUUCUACAAGAUGUAAACUUGAUUUCUAUAUUGGGUUGAUAUUUUAAUACACUUUAGCUCCUAGUUGAGCUAGAC